ACACUUUGACGAGUUUUUGAAUAUUUUCACUGAUUCUACGCUGUGAGCGGACUAGUGCAUAUCACGGACACGCAUCGAAGGCAAUGAAUCCGGUCUUGCAUGACAGUUAACGUUGACAGGGGCAGGUGCCUAGCCCGACGUUCCCCCUGGAUGUGACUACUUCUUCAGUCCUUUCGCAAUGAUCACUUGCGGCCAGCGUUUUAUCUAGCUUUCUCACAGAUGGUAUGCUCAAUGCAAAGUUUCCUCCUGAUCAUUUGUGUGAACGAAGUUCACUGGGUACCAUGCAUCCUAAACUCGCAAACGCCGUUCACACGACCGUGCGCUUCAGGCCCAUCAACUUUCAAACUUUGACACUCCUUGACAAGACAGCUUCUGAACAGCCUGACGCUGGGUACUUAUCUUUCGCUCAGAGAUAAGGGAUGUUCGCACCUCUUCUGGAUAGUGACCAAAUAUUCCCGUCCUUCCUCUCUUCGGUGUAGUUGCAGUCCCCUCGACAGAGAUUGGCUGAGUUCAGUAAAAUUACCUGCAUGCUCUAUUCUUCCUCCCGAAACGAUUCACGGACAUGGCUUCGUGAAGAUCCAGAACCGUAUGCCUCGACUGCCCAGCAUUUGGAUGCUCAUGGAGAUAUCGGUGUAGAUACUGUUUCACCAUCUCCUCCUAACGCAUUUUGGCCGCCACAGCUCGCACGAGAUAAUGAGGCACCCUAUAUUUACCCAGGAAGUGGUGAUCCCUCGCAGGAUCUUCCACAGGAUGUGCAUGGUGUUAUUGAUGAUGAGAAUGAUGCCUGGCUCUCUCCACAGGCAACCUUAAGUCCUCGAGUCGGUCAGACGAGUUCACCCAUCUUCAAUCUCGAGGGAUCCCAUUCACCCUUGUCGCCUCAAACCCCCGCUUCCGACUCGUGGGAUCGACACAUUACAGAUGAUGGUUUGUCUUGCUACUUCGUGGAUAGGGCUAAUGGCCGGGUCUCCUGGCUUAAUGCAAGCGAAGAAGCACCACCACCUUAUACCGAUUCAGAUCAGUCUCCCUUGAGUCCCCAGUCGGCAGGUCUGUCGCCGUUGAGUACCCUAUCUCCUUUCCCACCGAUCCCUCCUCAGCAGGUUACAAGAACACUUCUGUCUACGACGGAGUUCACGAGGUCGCAGAGUUAUACAGCUUCCGGCUCUCCGAGUGUGGCUGGUCCUUCAGUGCAGCGUCAUCGUUCUGCUUCAGCGUUACCCUCAAAGGUAACUGGGCCUCCUAUCAGUUCUCCUCGUGUCGGACGCCCGCUGCCGGCUGUUCCAGAAUACCGUGCACCCGCCCAAGGUUGCCAAUUUAGGAACUCUACCUCUUCACCUUCCUCUCCCGCAUCGUCUAUGUUACCAGAGCAUCGUGCUGUGGACAAUCUCUACGACCCUGUACAACAGGCUUUACGGGCUUUUCUGGCAUUCAUGCAGGUCGCCGAGGCGGACGAGUUACCCAACACACGGGAGGUUGACGACUAUGUAUUGAAUAUCUUAUCAUCUACGAGGGCUUUGCUCUACGUCUUUGCUACACCGACAGACGGGAUUCCCAGUCAUCUGUAUCCAGCAGGGCGUCGAGAUCGACAAUUUACUUCUCAUACUUAUCCCCUCCAAGCACACAUGCAGCCAUUGUACUGGAAUGUAGUACAGGCUUUGUCGAACCUUGUAUCAAGUUCCCUCACGAUACAGUACGACGCUACAUUGACUCUGCAGCAUAGCCACCUAGAAGAUGCAGCUGCGCAAGUCGAUCGUACUGUAUCAAUAUUCGUCGCAGAAGUGCGCGAAUUCGAGGACCACGCGCUAGGAAACGGUGCAAGCGAGACCAGGCGGUUAUAUGGCACCUUCACUUCCUCAGCAGACAAGGGGAAUACUGCAGGAGAGCCAAGUAUCAAAACGCUACGAGCGUUGGAUCAGGCCGCCCUCGCAGAAGUGAAGUGUGCAGCGACAGUUGUAGAGAGGAAAUUGCUGUCUUUGAUAUCCUCUUCAAAUAAUGCAUACCAAAAAGCGGUACGACUUCAAGUUGCUGGUCAAAGUAUAAUUGCCCGCCUAUCGUCACUAGUUGGGUUCAUAGAUGGUAUUGAUAUUAUGCGAGACAUUAAGCUAUGCCAAGAAGAUGAAGGAUACGUUCGAACGAAAGCUAGAUUGCUUUCGCGAACACUCUUGGAUGCGGUGCAAUCCCUCCGGGACGAUAACGCUACGCUUUUUAUCACCACCCAGAUGUCCUCUCGCGCUGCUUCGGCAGAUUCCGGGGAGUUCAAUAUAAUUGCUCGAAAUCUCGAUAUGCUUGCUACUGGCAUUGUCGGUAAUCUGAAUCUGGUCCUGACAACGCUCGAUGCUCUACACGCACUUGCGCCCAUGCAGCACUCCUGGGCGCAGGAGGCGGCAGCACCUUUCAUGAAUCCAUCUGCCAGGGAUGCCUCGCCCGUUAUCUCGGAACGGCCUAGGCCGUCUACUUCGUCCUCCACCGAGAGUCGUCAAGGAAGAUCGUUUGUGUUCGAUCCGUGGGGGAAACGUCCUUCCACUGCAAGCAGCAGCGGUUCUAGCAGACCUUCCACCUCAAGCGUAGGCGAGUUACGAAGGCCGUCUACCUGUCCUACGUUUCCAUCUCCGUUGUCUAACUCAUCAGGCAUCCCGUCUGCAGAAUCACAGGACGAUGUUAUUGACAUGGCUUCCGCUCUUACGAGACCUUCUCUUGGUAUCAGGACCUCUCUGGACUCAGAUACCGAGGACCCCGUGUCCUCUCAUUCAGCCCUAUUCCCUUCAUUGCCAUCCUUGGAUUACUCUGAUUCCUUCAGUCCCGAUCAGGAAGACCCCGUUGAGGUUGUUACUCCUGCCUCGGUAUCUCUCACACAGCUCAAUCAAGCUCGGGUACCAAUAUCGUCUACGAAGCAUGUGCUAUAUUCUCCAUUACAUGCUGAUAGAUCUGUGUCUGCCCCCCCGUUCAAUGUCCAAGAAAUGAAUACGUCACCUCCAAGGGGCUCAAAGCUGAUCAAAAUGCUCGGCAAUGAUGCACCCAAGUAUUACCUGGACAAACUGAAUGCUGACCUGAAGCCUUGGUUCCUACGUCCAGACUAUAGUUCCGCAGAUAUUCUGGCUGAUCCCGAUGGUGCCAUCCGGGCGGGGACAAUGAAGGCUUUAGUACAAAGACUGACUUGUCAUGAACAUGGAGAUCCUGUCUUUGUCAAGCAUUUCCUGAUGACCUACAAGUCGUUCAUGACAUUAGACGAGCUAUUCGAUCACCUUGUCGAGCGAUUUCACAUCAAGCCGCCUGAAGGAUUGACCCCCUUCGAGCUGGAUCAAUGGACAAAAAUGAAGCAAUAUGUUGUCAGGAUGCGCGUUCUAAAUACUUUUAAGACGAUGCUGACAGACGACAGCGUACUGGAGAAGGAGGAUCUAUACAUUCUGGAUCGCAUCAAGUCGUUCCUGUCCGAUCCUGAGGUCCUGUCUAUGACAAUCGCCAAGCAGCUGCUAAGUACAACGGAACACAUGCUCAAGGGCGGAAAGUCUCCAGUCAAGAAGACUAUGCCUGGCCUUAUUUCGCCUCCUUCUCCGAUCGUACCAAACUCACGGAAAAACCUCAAAUUGCUGGAUAUAGACCCACUCGAGAUGGCAAGACAGAUAACGCUCAUGGAAUCGACACUGUACAGAAAGAUUCGUCCCGCAGAGUGUAUGGCCAGGACGCGCCAGCAAAAGUCUGAUAAGGUGGACAACAUCACAACUUUCAUCCAAUUCAGCAAUCGGACGAUCAAUUGGGUGAUUGAAUCCGUCCUGAGCAAAUCCGAUCCGAAGAAACGAGCAGCGGUCAUAAAACAUUUCAUCAGUGUUGCAGAACGAUGUCGCUCCAUGCAAAACUUUUCUUCCACGGUAGCCAUCGUUUCUGCUCUGAAUAACCCCGCUAUCCGACGUCUGAAGCGCUCUUGGGAACUGGUCGGCUCCCGGGCAUUCGCGCAGUUCACCAAUUGCGAAUCUAUCCUUAAUCCCGACAGGAACUUUCAGAAUUAUUGGUCUGCACUGAAGGAUGCUUCCCCACCUGCCAUUCCAUUCUUCGGACGUUACCUCUCCACUCUUACUUUCAUCAACGACGGCGCCGAAGACAAACUGUCAGGACAGAUGAUCAACUUCCGGAAACGACAGAAGGCGGCUGAAGUAAUCCAGGACAUAAAACACUGGCAAUCGCGGCUGUACAACUUCCAUGCUGUUGCGAUUGUUCUAGCUUUCAUCGAGAGCGGCCUGAACAGAUAUAUCAGUAGCGGAGAUCUUAGUGAUCAGUUCUGGCGUUUGAGUCACGAGCGAGAACCUCGGGAAUGAACGAGCUUUCAGAGAGUAUUCCACCCUUCAUACCUUAUUGCCAUACACCGUUUUAUGGACGCCGCCCAGCGCCUUCGGGUGAAUAACGGUACUGCCGUUCUAUGAGAACUCAUUAUACGUAGAUUAUUGGGAAUCGAGUGUCAGCUUCGAGUAUUCUGGACAUCAGACGGCUUCUCCACUGCCCGCCAGAGUUUUCAGAAGAUCGGAGACCCAAUCCAUGCUUUGGUCUAAUUCUCACCCUGGUAUAGUCCGGCAGACAAUGUGUCAGAAGAAUCGAUUUCGUCCUGACUGCCGCCUUCAUCGCCUGCAGCAUUUGACAUCCAGACAGAUUCCUGUUCCAAAGGGGCGCCCAAGUUGCCCAACAGUCGAGGAGAAAAGCGAAUGGUGGAUGUGCCGCCUGAAAUGGUGGUGUCGUUGAUUGGUUCUGACACAUAAACACCCCUGAGAUCCAAUAGGAAUCGAGAUAUGAGGACCGUAGAAAUUCUGGUGAAGUUUCUUCAGCCGAAGAGGGUAAGGAACAUGCAGUUACUCACGCCUCGUUCACAAACACAAACUGUGUGGUCUUUGAAUGAAGGCCAUUAGUAUGUUGUCUCGGUGUAGUUGCACUGUUGCAGACACUCACGUUGUCAUUUCCGGCAAGGUCAAUAAUUAAAGUUACCACGU